GUAGCGCCUGUUCGAUCUUUGGUGGCAAUUCCAAAAGGUCAGAAGAUCCACCCUUCACCACGACUUCAGUCAUGCGACCCCUCGCUUUCGUCGUCGUGGCAUCGACCACCAUUGACUUGUGCAUGGCCGAGUGCUGGCUACGCAGCGAUGGAGUACGCAUCUGUAGCUCGGACGGGCUAGAAUGGCUCGCGAUGUGGUGGUUUUGGUUUGCCGUUCUUUUCUUUCUCUGCGCUUGCACCGGAGGUUCCUACAUCUACCACCGGCGGCACUUGAGCUCUCUUUACCAGCAAGGAUUUGUCACGUACUCUGAGCCGUUGAUCCUCAACGACAACCUCACCAACCAUGGCAUCAACUCGGCACAUUCGAAUGACCGCCACCUUGGCUCUUCUCCGUCGAUCCAAAAGAUAUUUUAUCGUUAAUGCAAUCAAUGCAACUGUCUGGUGUGCGCUUCACAAUACAAUAGCGCUGGCUGGUCGUUUCGUGAGAUUUGGCUACCGAGAGCAGACUCAAGGGUAGUACGUAUGCACUGGUAGUCGUG